CUCUCUUUCAUACUUUCGUCGGCGAUGCGCCGUGUGUAUAUCCCUCAUCCCUUCCCUUCCCUUUCUCUUGCUUGCUUUCAUGGUGAGUCUGUAGCAGCAGCUCUGGGGUCUGGGUGGCUGGAUCGUCAGCUUUACGCGUACAGUUCUGCGUUUGAAGUCACGCUCUCUGUAGUUAAGAGAAAUUCGGUUCGGUUUUACUUUCUGGCAUUUCCCGAUCUUGGAAUUCUGGCAGACGGAGAGUGCGAUCAAAAAAUUACGACUGCGCGGAGGCGACGCAGUCUGGGAGAUGGUUUGAACUUCGGAUUCAAGAUUCGUCGAGUGUUCUCGUUGAAAAGUCAUGGAUUAUCGAUGCUACUUGUUAAUCCUAAGUUGGAACAUCUUAAGCUGUCAUUAAUUGUGGACAGUGCCGAUUGCAAGCUUUCUCAGUAGAAUUGUUUGUGUUCAUUUUCCUACCAAGAAUUCGUGUGUUACGAAUUUUUCCAUUUUAUGGCAUGAUAUUUGUGACUAUUUAGAGUUAAUAUUUACCCCUCUCGACUGUUUGACCAAUGCAUUGCCCUCAACUCCUCGCAGUUAAAUUUUAGGUUCUUUAUUUCAAGGUUGAUGUUGCGUUGAUAGAAUUACAUUGCAGCGGUGCAGGAUGACAAAAGUAUUUAACUGUGUUUGGAGGCUUGAUUCAAAAAUUGUGCUAAGUGGUGCCUCAGCAGGAACAGCAGAAGCAUCAACGGAUGUUUAGUAUGCUUGAUUGGUUUUGGUUGAUAAAGCUUUCAAUCCUCUGCAUGCGCUGUAUGUAUGGGUGUGGGAAUUGCUUUGGGCGAUUUACCAAGUCUCAAAAACUAGACUUAAGAACUACCCAGGACUUUUUAGGGGCAGAUAUAGGUGAAGCAGUGCCUCUUAAUAAUCCAUUGGGAACUUCAAGUUCCAAUGAGAUGGAAAACAAUGGCAGCAAUUCCUGCCAACAAAGACCUUCCAGUUCAAUUGAUGCCAACCACCUCAGUUUAGAGGCUCACUCACCUGCUGAGAACGAUGUGAAUAGUCCAUACGUAAAUCAUGCAUUGAGAAGGUGGACAGAAGAAAGACGGGAGUGGUUGGGAAAUCGAGAGAGGCCUCGACCUAAAAGACAUAGAGAACCAGUGAUCAGCUGGAGUACAACUUACGAGGAUUUACUUGGCACAAGUAGACCAUUUUCACAACUAAUUCCUUUACCUGAAAUGGUGGAUUUUCUUGUUGAUGUAUGGGAGCAAGAAGGUCUCUACGAGUAAGACUGCAUAUGCUGGUCAUGAAGAUGUCCUCUAUUCGAACAAUUUCAAAAACCAUUUGUCGCUCGUUCAUACUCACCUGCAAUGCUGGUUUUUUUAUUGUAUAGCUAACCAUUCAUUCGUAUAUAAGAGAUGAGUAUGCAAUCGUAAAUCAGGUUUUAAAGUGCAUUACUCAAUAUCUACUAUGGCCUUCCUUUAUUGUUGUGAGUGUGAAUUCAAAUUAGUUAUUCGAUUUUGGACUCUUCUCCGCAGCUCA